GUUUGCACUCACUUCGUCGCAAAUAUUGACUUUACUUUUGUCUCACUGUUAUGACUUGAUUCAUACUGUUGUCAUUGAGAAUUCACUUGUUGCGAUGGAUCAGGAUGCUGGAACCCCGGCUUCGGGGUCGCCCUUGUCGGACAUCGACUCUGACGAAUUCCCUGAAGAUGUCAAGUUCAACCAGCGGUCACGUUCACACUCACAAGAAUCCAUUCUCUCGGCCUCAGACGACGGUUCUGUUUCUAUGUUGAGUACCACCGGCAGACCGGCGGAGAUGCCUCCGAACAAACGUCGCAAGACUGGCACCGCGAGCUAUGAUCAUGCAACGCCUCAAUCUGGCUCUACUGCCAACCCGCCGCGAUCGCCAACGGGCUCAAUAUCGAGCGACUCGUCAGGCUCUGUGCCAACCUCACCCUCCUUUGCGCACCUCGGUCCAACCCAUCCUCUCUCCACCGCCUACGCCGCUGCACAAGCCAAUCCUGAGAACCCCGAAUUGGCCGACUACGUUCAAGUCACCAGGUGUCUGUGGGACAAUUGUGAAGAUCGUGAACAAGGAAACAUGGACAAUCUAGUGGCGCACAUCAAUGACGUCCACAUCAUUCCUCGUCAGAAAAAGUACUACUGUGAAUGGGACGGCUGUGCGAGAAAGGGUCAACCACACACCAGUGCCUACGCGUUGAAAGCUCACAUGAGAAGCCACACAAAGGAGAAGCCAUUCAUGUGCGCCUUGCCAGAAUGCGACCGCAGUUUCACGAGAUCUGACGCGUUGGCCAAGCACAUGCGAACUGUGCAUGAAACCGAGGCUCUUCGACCUAGUGAUCCGGUUCCUCGAGGCCACACCGGAGGAAUAUCCAACGGCGGCGCAUCCUCACUGCCACUGAAAAGGAUCAAGCUGACCAUGGGCGGCAAAUCAAACGGAGACAAAAAGGCGUUGCUCAUUGGCGACCUCCCGCCAUUGCCGAUCAUGUCGAGGGCGGGCGCUGAUAUGGAAGACGUGGACAUGGCCGAUGCUGAUGGAAAUGGAGAACUCGCCGGUGCAAUUGACAUGGACAAUUUCCCCUUUGUUCUCCCAGUACCUCCCGAGUACUACCCGACCGACGUAUACGAGAUGAUGGAUGAGUACGAGCGAAGCUUGCCACCUUCUCAAUACUACCGUCUUUUGCGCCGUCAAAUCCAGUGGGCCGAGGAGGAGGGAAAGGAGUUGCAACACGACUUGGAAGAUAUGCGAGCGACGACUGAGGACGCGAGUGGCAACGUGAUUAGACGUGGGACCGGUGAUGAGAAUGGCGCAGAUGAAAACCGCCGCGCCGAGUGGCAGCACACGGAGAGGAUAUUGGACUCUGUUCUACGCGCCGAAACCAGCAAGACCUGGGAAAUGUUUGGAGGAGAUAAAAUGGCAGAUGACCAAGAUCCAUGGAUCAUUCUUGAAGCUCUCAAGACAGUCUCGAGCAUGAAUCCCGUAGAGGGGUGAAUGGUGCUAUGAUGAGCGGUGGUUGAAAUGUGGUCGGUACUAGAUACCUAUUGGGUGUCUCAAGACUUCUUUUUUUUCCCGUUUGCAAAGAUGCGGCGCGAAAGGGCAUAACGAUGAUUUGUAUUACAACGAAUUUUUCCCACAACGCAAUAGUACCUAGAACGGUG